AUGCAAGGAUCUUACGAUGACAAUAAUUACACUCUUGUGGGAAGUGAUGUUAAAAUUCUAAAAGAAAUUGCAAACGUUUUGAAUUUUUCAAUUCAAUACAGUUUUGAUCCAUCGCCAGGUGCAUGGGGGAGAUUAAAACCAAAUGGUGAAGCUGCUGGUGCAUAUUUGAAAAUCAUAAAUAAGGAAGUUGAUUUAAUGAUUGGAGGUCUUACGAGAACUGUAGCGAAAAGUUAUUUCAUUUCGUUUUCAUCUACAAUAACAUUUGAUUCUCUACUUGUGGUCAUUCCUCCUGGUGCACCAUUCAGUGCAUUUGAGAAAUUGAUUCGACCUUUUGNUCUACUUAUUGAAAUACUGCCUGAAACUAAUUUCACAAGUUAA